GAGUGUGAAGUGAAUGACACUAACCUAGUCGGUGCUAACAGUAAACCCGUACUGUUAUUAUAUACACUACUUUCCAUCCAACAGACCAUGAGGUGGUUGCUGGCAAUUAUUGGACUCGUCCAGUUCUAUAUGUCGGGUGUGCCGGCGAGUCCGGGCAGACCUCCGCUAGGUGCCUGGGUUCAGCAGGCCCGGAUCCUCUUCCACAUGGUCGUGAACAGCAACAGCACCGACGCGUCGCUCACAAUGCCGCAGAUCGAGUACAUCUUCUCCAAGUUUGACCAGAAUCGUGACGGUCGUAUCUCUGAGAGCGAGUUUUCACAAGUCUGGGUGCACAAGGGGCUCGGAGUACAGUCGUCGGCGACGUUCCUCUUCCACCACGCUGACACCGACAGCAACGGCUUUAUCUCCAACAACCCAGACCUGGCCAGAGUCUUCCACUACUUCGACCUAGACGGGAACGGCAAGGUGAACGAGCCGGAGUUCGUGAUCACGUGGGCGGGUCUGACUCACUGAGAUAAAUAAACGUUUUGAUCAUU